AUGGCACGGCUCCUCCCUUUCAUAGCAGACACCGACAACAACGAUAUCCUCCAAUACACUGUCGUAGCCGGGGUCGCCCUCAUCGCAGGCCUCCGCUUCCUUAUUCAACCGCUGCUCCCCCACUUCUGCAUGGACGACAUCGAACACGUUAUUCGCGAGACUAAAGACAUCUUUGACAAAGCCCAGGAGGAGCAUCUAUUCCGCGAUCGCGUUCCGAGAUUGGACAUACAGCUGCGGCUAUCCAGAGCACAAGAGGAGCAGUCGUACCUUCGCUCGCGGGUGCUGGACGAACACGGGCUCAGCUGCUCUGCACGCGAAUACCUCUUCAUACUCAGCGACCUCGCGCGCCAACUGCGCAGAUGUCGACGACAGGCCAAGGCAAUCCAGCUAUGCCUCUUGAGAAGUAUCGAGGACGAGAGACGCGGGCGUCACUGUGAACGCGUCGAGGAAAUAGCGGCCGUGCUGUCGUCAGCGCGGUUUCGGUCCAGCGAUUGA